UCAUGGACGUGUCGUCUAUAUAUGCGGCUGCAGAUCCCCCCCUUUCCUCUCCCCCUCUCUCUCUCUCUCCCCAGCAAAAGUCAGCGCCUUCUUUUGUCUCUUCUCUCCGUCUCUCUCCGCCUUGCAAUUCUUCUUCUGACAGCCGCAGCAGCGCGCGCCUGCCGUGGUGGCUGCUGCUUUCGGUGCGCAGAUUUCCCUCAGAGCUUCCUGUCUCUGGAACGGCCGAGCGAGCACUUCAAGGAGCUUUGGGAGAGGCCAUGGAGGUCGACUGGGAUCUGCAUGCGGUGGUCAGGGGCUGCACAGCCUCCUCCUCCUCCUCCGCCGCCGCCGCCACAUCAUGGGUGACGGAGCAUCGCCUCGAACCCGCUUCUUGCACUCCGUUCCCUGCAUUGGGAGGGUCAGAUCCGGAGCCCUUCGAGGCCGGAAGAGGCGUCUUUCUGGAGGAGCUCCACGAGCUUUACAAGCCCUUCUUGCCCGCGUAUGAACCUCUGUUUUCGCAUCGCGACAACCCCGUCUCAUCUCCUCUUGCUGUUGAAGGCGGGAAGAGCUCGUCGAGUGCUCAUCUGAUGCAAAAGAGGCCGUUUCAAGGUGCUUCGGCAAUUGCUCCUCCGGCUCCGUUCAAAGCUAGCUCUCACGCUCCCAGAUCCAAGAAAAGGAAGAGCCAGAUGAAGGUGGUUCGUCAAGUUCCUGCAGAGAAAGUCUCUUCGGACGAGUGGGCUUGGCGGAAAUACGGUCAAAAACCCAUCAAAGGCUCUCCAUAUCCAAGAUGCAGUAGCUCCAAGGGGUGCUUGGCCCGGAAGCAAGUGGAGCGGAACAGAUCCGACCCGGAAAUCUUCAUAGUCACCUACACGUCGGAGCACAACCACCCUGCGCCGACGCACCGGAGCUCACUCGCCGGCUCCACGCGCCCCAAGACCUCGACGCCCGAAGCCGAGGCCAGCGUCGACUCCGCUGCUACUGCAACUACAAACCCAGUAACUUCAGCGGAAGAGGAGGCGGUGCUUGUUCCUCAGAGCACCAGCAGCGAAAGCGGAGAAGAGAAGGAAUAUAGCCAAAGCAGCAGUAUGCAGGAUAAUGACGGAGAAGACGAGUCUGGGUCGUCUGGUGCGGCUCUGAGCGAUGAUUUCUUCGUGGGUCUGGAGGGACUACUAGGUUCUCACUACGGAGAUUCAUCUCCGGAUCCGUCUCAGCCAUGGUUCGGCUUUUCUUGGUCCGCCGGCGAUGCGGUCACCGCCGCCGGCGGUAGCUGAGCUGCCGGAACACUUAAAAGCACUUCAUCAGGAAGUCUAUUGUCCUCUAUCAUACUCUUGUUCUUUCUUUUCCUCUUUUCGUGCUUUGUAGAGAAAAGCUGAGUGCUGCAGCCGUAGGAAACGUGCUCUGUUUUGUAAAAUGAUUUCGUUAGCCCUGAAGCCUGUCCCGAUUCCCGAAAGACGAGUAUAAGCUGUUUUAAAGUAAAUUAUUGCUCUGUUUCUGUUCAA